AUGGAUCUAAUUAAAGUUAUAUUUCUUGGUGCAAGUGGUGUAGGAAAAACAUGUAUUGUACAAUAUGCAGUAUCCAAUAUGUAUGAUGAUUUUAGUUCACCAACAAUUGGAGCAGCAAAUACAACAAUUUCAGUCAAAAACUCCAAAGGAAUAUCUGUGAAAUUUGCCUUAAUGGAUACUGCUGGGCAAGAAAAGUAUCGAUCUUUAGUACCAAUUUACUUCCGAAAUGCUCAAGUGGCAAUUUUGGUAUACGAUAUAUCUGAUCUACGAACACUAGAUGACUUGAAUGAAUUUCACGAAAUACUACGAAGUAACGCCCCACCAAAUAUCAUCACAAUUUUAGUUGGAGCAAAAUGCGAUCUCGAAGAUAAAAGAGAAGUUCCUUUUGAACAAGGUCAAAGAUAUGCAAAAGAUAUUAACGCACAAUUAUUUGUCGAAACAUCAGCAAAAAAUGGUAUUGGAAUCAAGGAAUUAAUGCGUACGAUUGCUGACGACGAAAGGCUCAUUCGCGAAGACGAAAAUGAUAUACUAAAUAGAUUCCAGAUUGGUAGUGAUAUUCCAAAGAGGAAAUGUUGCUGA